GAACCAACGAAUUGCAGUGUUCAGAUCAAACUUCCUCGACGCGACCCCGUCGAGUAUGAGAAACAGGAUCGAAUACUUCAUAAAGUAUUCAGUUGCACCUCCACCCAGCAGAGACUAUUACGGUCUAAAGAUUUUUGAAGACGAGGUAAUUUUGUACUUAUGGAGAAUUUCUCACGGACCUCAUAAAACACCAAUCGUAUAUCGUGCCAAGCUUACUGAAUUUGAUCAAGAAAAAUUCUUGCAUAACGAAAUACAUCGUGGAUUUGGAAAAUAUUUAUUAAAAUACGUAAACAAUAUUGCUAAAGGAAAUAAAAAUACUCUUUUAACAUUACCAAAAUCUUUAAUUGAAAAAAUAUCAAAAUAUUUGGAUUUCACAGAUAUAAUAAAAUUAUCUUUAUUAUCACAUGUCGCUUAUGAG